AUGUCCGCCGUCGUACCUCGAAGCUUCCGUCUCCUGGAAGAGCUUGAAAAUGGAGAGAAAGGGCGUGGUGCAGAAGCAUGUUCCUAUGGUUUAGCGAAUGGAGACGACGUCACAAUGACAAAUUGGAAUGGGACCAUUCUAGGACCCCCUCAUAGUGUGCAUGAGAACCGGAUAUACAGUGUCAAUAUCAAAUGCGGCGAAAAUUACCCCGAUUCUCCACCCACGAUAAAUUUUGUUUCCAAGGUGAACCUUCCGUGUGUCGAUCCCCGAAACGGUAAAGUCGAUCUGACGAAGUUACCCCGCCUUACUGUAUGGAAGAGGGAGUUCACGAUGGAAACCAUUCUGCUGGAGAUUAGAAGGCAAGCAAUAUAA